AAGAUACGAUGGCAUGGCGUAGGUGACGAAUGCAAGGUCGUCCUCUCCCCAUGGCUUAUUGCGCAACCGAUGUGUCUAUAUAGCUUCCACGCACGCACUCCUCAAAUUGCACUAAACUAAUUACACCUUUUUCCCUUAGUCUCCAAUCUCCAUCACUAUGCCAACAACAUCCUCCUCAAUCGCCGCCACCAGAGCGGAGGAGUGGCGAACUCGAAUAGGCUCCGCCCUACGAACCACCGUGGCAUGCACCGUAGUAGGCCUCACCUCCCUCUACGGCCCGGCGCCUCUCCGCCGCUACCUGGAGUUCCCAUCCUUCACCUACGCCACAACGCUCCUCAUAGUGUCCGACGCAACGCUCGCCCAAACCCUAAGGGGAUGCUGGCGCGUGCUGUGUUCCAACGUCCAGGUCAUGAUCCUGUCCCUGCUGAGCCUGCACCUGAUAGGGCCGAGCAACUUCACGAACGCGGUGGCGGCGCUGGCCAUGGCGGCCUCGGUGUUCGUGGUUGCGCUCCCGGAGCGGAGCCACUUGGUGACUAAGCAGCUUGCGUUUGGACAGCUGGUGAAUGUGUUCGUUAGCACCGCCGUGGAUGGCGGAAAAACAGGCGUGGCCGUGCACGCGAUUCACGUGGUGUGCUCCACCGCCUUUGGAGCUCUCGCUUCUCUCGCUUCUUUUGUCGCCACGCCCUUUCCCUAUCCUCGACUUGCCUACUAUCAGACAAAGAAGUUAUACCGAUUAUACGCUGAGAAUACUUGUGAGAGGUUCAAUUGCAUCAUAGAGGCCAUCUCUGCCUCAGACAACUCAACUGCUACAGGUUUCUUCACUCAAGCAAAGUCCCUUUCCACAACAGGAGCCAAGCUUCUCCAAAGUAUUAGAACCAAACUGGAUGGCAUGCAUUGGGAACGGCCACAAACAAAAAUUUUCAACCCCCAUUGGAUUGACCCAGAAGAAAAACUGCAAGACUUGGAGCUACCAAUAAGAGCUAUGGGCAUUGCUUUAUCAACUUUUACUUCUUUUCCUGUUGGGGUCAUUGAUGAGGAGCUCAGAGGUGUCUUGCUGAAUUGCAGAGGACAAUUCAGCAAAAAAUUAGGUCAGCAAGCCAAGUGCUUUGCACCUUUUGAUACAACCAUAAAUUCAGAGAUAAAAAAAGACAUUUUGACCAAAAACCUGUCGGUAGCCUAUAAAGAUCUACCAACCUCGUUCUUUUUAUACUGUGUCCAUCUUCUCCUAGAUGACUCACCCAUUGCAAAGAAAAAUGACCAUUUGCUGGGGAAAACUCAGAAAAGUGGUGAUCCGAAUUGGAGCACCAGAGAGGUUGUGAUGAACUUGAUUCCCAGCAACCACAACUUGGCUUUUGCAUUCAAGUCCUCUCUUUCGCUAGGCCUCGCUGUGUUUUUCGGUUUGACAUAUAACAAGGAAAAUGGAUACUGGGCGGGACUCUUAAUCUCCCUAUGUUUCGUGACUGGACGCCAUCCAACAUUCUCACUAGCAAAUGCACGAGGGCAAGGAACAGCAAUGGGAUCGAUCUACGGGAUCCUUUGUUGUUUCAUUUUCCAAAAAAAUUUGCGUUUCAGUUUCUUAGCUCUUUUACCAUGGGUCUUUUUUUCUUCUUUUCUCAAGUAUAGUAGAAUGUAUGGUCAAGCUGGUGGGAUUUCAGCAGCUACAGGGGCCUUAUUGGUCAUUGGUAUGAAGCACAAUGAACCUCCAAUUCAAUUUGCACUUGCUAGAAUGGUCGAGGCCACAAUUGGACUCCUUUGCUUCGUUAUUGUAGAGAUUGUUUUUAAUCCUUGCAGAGCUGCAACUCUUGCAAAAUUUGAACUUUCUCAAUGCUUGAAAUCACUUCAAGAUUGCAUUGAGCAGAUUGACAUUAGUACUCCAACCAAGAAAGAGAUGUCAUUUUCAAGCUGUCCAGCAUUGAGAGAAUGCCAGAAAAAGCUGAAAUCUCUAGCGGAUCAAUUAGAAGAGUUCACAGCAGAGGCUGAAUUGGAACCAAAUUUCUUGUUCGUUCCAUUCCAUAAUGAAUGCUACAAAAAGAUGCUGGAAUCACUAUCAAAGAUGGCAGAUCUCUUAAUUUUUGUGGCAUACUCAAUGGAAAAUGUCAUGCUACUGUCACAGAAAAAUGGAGCAUUUUGGAAGGAUCUCCAUGAUCAAGUAAAUGAGAAUGUGAGGACUUUUAAUAACAAAAUUAGCCCCACAUUGAAAUGCCUUGAAGAGAUAACAAGGAUAAAAUCUCCUAGGAAGCUUGAAAAUGACAACCUUCCUUGUGAUGUUGAGACACAAGAAUAUCCAAAUACAAAUGCAUUUGGGGACUGGAGUGGAGAAGAAGAGGUCAAUAGCAUUACAAGCUCUUUUAUCAAACAUCUGGAGGAGAUGGCUACCAAAACUCACACCAACAUAGAUGAGGAGAUGCUUAAAGGUCAAAUGGUUUUCCAUUACAGUUGCUUAGGUUUCUGUACUAGUAACUUGAUGAGAGAAACAAUGAAGAUUCAGAGUGAAGUAAAAGAACUACUUAAGUGGGAGAAUUCAAGUCAAACAAACUUCGACAAAUUUUUUUGUUAACAUCAAGCUCGGUGUUCACAGUAAAUCUAGCACCCUUUGAAUUAACCAAUAACAAGUAUAUGGCAUCUCUAUAAAUAUUCAACUAAAGAAAGAAGAUUCAACUCCAACUGGUGAUUGAAGCACUAAAAAAG